UGAAUUGGUGCUCCAAUAAUUCUUCACCUCAAUAGAAAUCAUCGAACGAUGACUCUGUUCCAACAACCACGCUGGCUGCGAAGAUGGAUCCGACGCAAAACAAAUCCAAUCCCGAUGGAUCGGGCCCAUCUGUGGAAAGGUCGGUUAAGCUUGUUCUACGCGAUAGUGGCGUGGAACGCAUUCGGAGGCGUCUGUUACAUGAUAUAUACCGGGCGCAAUGAUUGGGCCAAGUUUUACGGUUACAAAAGCGAGGAAGAAGCCCAGCUUCCGCAGGCCAUCCGCUUUGCAAAGCAGCUUAACCUGCCGAACGCAAAAGUUGUUAAGUUGAACGGGCUUACCAAAACGGACGAGUACGAGCUGAAGGAUCUGCAAGUGAUACGAUCAGGUACUGAUGGUGCUGCUGCUGCUAGUGUAGAAAAGUAA